UGACGUCAUUGAUAGGCUGCCAAGAUGGCUGUCAAUGUUGAUAAGUGGUUUGGUUACUUACGAUACCUGUGAUAUUGAAUUCGAUAGGGGCCUCGCGUCGGGGAUACUAUGUUGGUGAAAUAACAAGUUGUUUAGUGACCGAGACAAGAAGCUGUCACCGUUUCUCAUGGCGGACAGCGAGGAGGCUGAACAGGACAUUCGGCGAGCCCUAGAUGUCGAUCAAUCCAUGAUUGACAUCUGGGCCGAUCGGCUCGAAGGCUUACGGACUCAGUGCUCUACCAGUGCGGAGUUAACACAACAAGAAAUACGCACGCUGGAGGGAAAAUUGAUAAAAUUAUAUUCCAAACAACUUGUGAGGAAGGCUAAGCUUGCUGUCGAGUCAUUGCCUGUUGAAAUGAGGCAAUAUCCAUCUCUGCAACAAUGGCUUCGCGUUGUUGGCCUAACUCAAGAAUCAAUUCAGAUGGUUUGUUCGAAAGCGAGUUCUCUGGAAGCGUUGAAAGAAAAGUCGGAGCAUGAAUUGGGUAGUAUGCUGGGCGAGAACAAUUUGCGUCACGAAGAAGAACUCCGUAGGCUCUGUAGGGCGUUACACAAUCUGCACCGUUACAUGGACGUUCUUUUGCGGGGCGAUAUGGAAAGUAGCGAGAUGGCUCUGUAUUGGGACUCCUGGGACAGACAUCAUCUACGAGGGGGGCCAUCUCCUCGUUCAGCACGCUCUCGUACUACGCGUUGUUCCGUACCCUCUGAAGAUAGCAUUCCAUAUCACAAUAACAAUAAUCUCAACAGCGAUACAUUGGGCCAAGCAUCGUCUAUAAGUUCUCUGUCGAUGACAACACCCCCCUCUACGCCACUUUUGAACAGACAGGGCCGCAACGCAAGAGUUCCGACAACGCCUCCUCCCUGCAAGAGACACCAAACUGGCCUACAAAGUACUGUGACACAGCCUGAAGUGUUUCCGCUAACUAAAUCCAAAUCACACGAAUCACAGUUGGCCAAUCGUCUAGAAAAUGGGGAAACAGCGUCAAGUGGUGCAGAUCCAACCGUUGGUAGCAGUACCACUAGAGCAAGAUUGUCUACUGAGCCAGGUCCUCGUAGCAGUAGCGCAGACAUUACUGGAGACAUUCUUUUGGGUAACAGUAACACUGACAGUCCUAUAAACUCGCCACCCUAUUCCAGCGCUAACAGUGACGAUAACAGCUUUAAGGCUACAGUCACGAGUCUUCAGGUGCCAAAGUCUCCACGAACUCCCACAGUGACUCGUGGCAUGGGUCACGUUAUUGCUCACCGUUUUACUAAAACCUUUAAAAUGAUGACCACUUGUGAUUAUUGUGAUAAACAAAUGUUCAUUGGCACAGGUCUUAAGUGCAAGGAAUGCAAAUAUAAGUGCCAUAGAGAUUGUGAGUCUAAAGUUCCACCGUCUUGCGGUCUUCCUCAAAAACUGUUUGAUGAAUUCAAACGAACUAUACAGGCCGAUGCUAUGACGAAUGUUUCUCCAAUACUAACCAGGCCUGGGAUAACAUCUACAAACCAUCAUAAUGCAAUUAUAUCUGCUACUUUCAAUCGGAAACGUACGCAUCCUCAUUCCUCAAUGAAUAUACCCUUUCAGGGUGCUGAUUCUAGUUCAAACACUUCGAGCUGUAAUAGCUCGACACCUUCUAGUCCAGCAUUACACCCUGCUAAUACUAGUCAAACUCCACAAGCACCUGUUAAACAACAGUUCAACUUUCCAGAUGUCACUCUAAACAACGAAAAAGAUGUGACGCUAGAAACACAUCGUCUAGAAGGUACAAAUGUAUCAAGUGAUAGUGAGAGAACCGUUAGUGUUUCUGGAUCUGGAAGUGUCAGCACUGACUCGGAGAGAACACCUGUACGCGUUGAUUCUCAAGAUUCUCAAGUGUCUGACGGUGAACCUGGUGAUAGUCGCUGGCCACGACAAAACAGUCUCUCCAUGAGAGAAUGGGACAUUCCAUAUGAUGAACUUAAAAUUGGAGAACCUAUUGGGACUGGAAGAUUCGGUACAGUUUACAGAGGAAACUGGCACGGAGAUGUAGCAAUCAAAGUCCUCAAUAUGGAUUAUUAUCUUGACGAUGACAAAACCCUGGAAGCAUUCAAGCUAGAAGUAGCAACAUUCCGAAAAACAAGACAUGAAAACCUAGUUCUAUUUAUGGGUGCCUGUAUGAAGCCUCCACGUUUAGCAAUAGUGACUAGUAUGAGCAAAGGCAUGACUCUAUACACUCAUAUUCAUCUACGAAAGGAUAAAUUUAAUAUGAAUAAAACAACUAUUAUUGCCCAGCAGAUUUCACAGGGUAUGGGAUACCUUCACGCUAGAGGCAUUGUUCAUAAGGAUCUGAAAAGCAAAAAUAUAUUCCUGGAAAAUGGCAAAGUUGUUAUAACAGAUUUUGGACUGUUUAGUGUGACUAAAUUAUGUUAUGGGAAUAGGAAGGGCAAUGGAUUAAGUAUACCACCAGGUUGGUUGUGUUAUUUGGCUCCUGAAGUAGUCCGACGACUAAGACCGCAACAGAACAGAGAUCAAGAAGAAUUGCCAUUUUCAUGCGCUUCUGACGUGUAUGCUUUUGGAACUGUCUGGUAUGAACUUUUGUGUGGAGAGUGGCCGUUUAAAGGACAACCUCCUGAGGCCAUCAUUUGGCAAGUUGGUAAAGGAAUGAAGCAAGCCUUAGCCAAUCUUCAAGCAUCGCGUGAUGUCAAGGACAUUUUGAUACUCUGUUGGUCAUAUCAUUCGGAAAAUCGACCAGAGUUUGCAAAAUUGCUGAUGACGCUAGAGAAGCUGCCUCGUAAAAGAUUGGCUCGAAGCCCCUCUCAUCCAAUUCAUCUUUCUCGCUCUGCGGAAUCUGUAUUUUAAAUCCAAUUAAUUAUCAUUUGCAUGAAAUUUAUUCUGGCAAUGUAUGUAAAUCUCUACGCACUUAUUACUGAAUCAAUCUCAUUUUGUUUCCAUGUUUUCUUAAGGCAAAGUAAAAAUAACAGAAUGUAUGACUCGUUCCAUAUUUUUAAUUCACCAAAACGUGCAAUAACGAAACAUGAUCUUUUGAUGAAAGAAAAAAAUCAGUCAUAAUGAAAAAAUAUGUAUAGCAUAUCCCUACAUAGUGAAGAUACACAGGAUUAUGAAAGAAUUCCUUUAGUAGUGAAAUUUGGUACUUACGAUAAGUAAGUACACUCAGUUUCAAAGUGUUUUUUCACACAAGUGUGCAUUAUCAAGAAAGAUUAAUGGGAUACUUAAAUGGUACAUAUAUUCACAAAAGUACAAAAUGAACAGUCAUUUACUCAAGCCACGAUCAUUCAAA